AUGAAUGCUCAUGGCAGUCCAAACGAUAAUGGAUGGGUUUUGGACUCUAGGAGUUCAAUUCAUGUCUGCUUUAAGAAAGAAUUUUUUCAUUCUUUCAAAAAAGUUUGCGGUACGAUAUCACUCAGUAAUGAGUCUUCAUGCGAUGUCAGAGGGAUUGGAUCUGUGAAGCUGAAGAUGCCUGUUGGAGCGGUAUGCAUUUUGGAUGACGUUAACUUUGUUCCAAGGAUGCGAAGAAAUUUGAUCUCCCUUAGUCGAUUGGAUUCUAAGGGUUGCCAAAUCUCUAUCGUAGGUGGAGCUAUGGAGGUGACCCGCCGUGACUCAAUAAUAUUUACUGGGAAGGAGUCUUGUGGACUGUAUCAGUUGAUGGGAACCACAGUGGUUGGUGGUUUGACCUUAAAUGAUGAUAGCGGUACAUCAUCAGAAACAAAUAGUUCGGUGGAGCUGUGGGCUUGGGAGUUGAUACUCGCCAAGGUGGAGAUUGUUAGGAGAUGUGGCUCGAAUGGGUGUCAGCAGCCGCACCACCCAGCCGAAAUUUUUGAAGCUGGAGAUGGACAGCCACCAACAAUCUACCUACCAUGUUGA